AUGGAUGAAUAUCUUCAUAUGGAUUCUGAAAUUGGUUGUAGUUUGAAAUCUGAUUUGUCUUCAUCAAUUAGCAAAGUUGUAGAGAGGGAUUUAACAAAUAAAUUUUCAGCAAAUGAAAUAUUUUGUUCACGGGAGCACUUAAUUCAAUGGGUAAGAGGGAUGACUUAUGAUUUAGGAUUUGUUGUGGUAAUAGAAAGAUCUGACAUAGCUACUGGUGUACGGGGAAGAAAAACGUUCGUCAUACUUGGAUGUGAAAGAGGGGGAAAAUAUAGGAAAUACAAAGCUGAUGCAGUGGCUAGUGUAUACGGCACUCGUAAAUGUGAAUGUCCGUUUAGAUUAAAGGGUAAAUCAUGUUCAAAUGGGGCCGGAUGGGUGUUGAAGGUGAUGUGUGGACAUCACAACCAUGAGUUGGCUGAAACUUUAGUUGGUCACCCUUAUGCUGGCAGGUUAAAUACGAGUGAGAAGUCAUUACUGGUUGAUAUGACAAAGAGUAAAGUUACACCUGCAAAUAUUUUAUUAACACUCAAACAAAAUAAUGAUCGAAAUGUCACAACGAUUAAACAAAUCUACAACGCAAGGCAUGCGUAUAAACGAUCAUUAAGAGGGUCCAGAACUGAACUACAACAACUUAUGAUGUUGUUGGAUCGGGAUAAGUACAUUCAUUAG